CAGAUUAAUAGUAUAAAAGAUUGGAACACUGAGCCUACUUCGUACAUAAACUUCGCCACUUGGCAUCCUUACCAUUACUAUGGAUUACGGUGUGAUUUGGCUUUUGAUCAUAAACUUCAAUUGUAGUUUGAUUGAUUGCUGAAAAUGGGAGAGGGACGAGGAGAAGAGGACUUGCCGAGAGAUGCAUAGAUCGUGAAAUCGCCGCUAAAAUCAAUGGCUGUGGAAGACUACGGGGGUGUCAUCCACCAAUUCUUGCAAGUUUGUUACAACAGGUACGUGGUGUAUGUACUUAGGAAUGGGCAGAUUUACUCGGACCACGCCGGCAAAUCUGUGAUCGAUUCCGACGAUGUCAAGCUUGCCAUACAGUGUCAAUUUCAGCUUCUCGCACCCUCCUCCAGGUCAUCAGGUCCUACUAGAAUUAGCUACGAACAUAAACAACCUGAACUUUACCAAAAUCAAUUGCCGGGCCUGGAAUUCCACUCCCUCCUGAACAGGACCACCCUAAUUAGCCCCAACUACCAGUUUGCUAUUGCAAGAAAAGAAACCAAACCAAGCAAGCAGUUGAAGAAACAGAUGGAGAGACUGCUGAUCCUCUUCCCAACAACAGAGGAUAGAUGCUUCGCCAGCCACUCUUCAGCCUGCAAUCUUUUCCAAUUGGACCUAAACGAUCAAGAUGAGCUUUUUAGUCUGGCUGGCAUUGCAGGCGCCUGCAGGGUAUACAGUCCCGUAUUGGGUUGUGUACAUAUUUUUCUCACAGCAAAGUUCCCAGGAAUGUCAACAUUUGUGAUCCCCCUUUUCUUGAGCUUGACUGCCUUCACGGAAGCAGGGAGUUGGGGCCGAGACAGUAGUUAAGGUGCUUUAACCUGGGGCUUGUGUUGACCGUUUGUUGGUUAGGU